AUGGCGGAGGAAGAUGCAGAGAUCGCUCUCUUACAUCAAAUGCAGGCAGGGCAAGACAGUGUAGCAUGGGAUGAUGAGGUUGCAAUUGGGGCCGCCACAGGCGAUCUUCCAUCAAAUACUGAGCAUACAAACGAUCAAGAAGUCAAAAGAGAAAAUGUUGCAGAUGACCAAGUUCUUCGUGCUUUAUCUCCUUCGGCAUCUGGUGUGGCUUCCGAUGGGGGCGAUUAUGAUCCGGCUUCUAUUUCUAUUCUUCCUGCAAUUUCCAUUGCUACAGAAGGGGGAUCCAGAUCCAGUUCGCGAGGAUCGACGCGGAAGCCAAAGACCGUGGGAGGAUUCAUCGCCGACGACUCGGAUGAGGAGUGCGAUGCAGCAACAGCAGUGCAGGUUGGAGCUCUUCAGUCAGCAGCUAACCCUCAUAAUCGAGCAAUUUCCCCUUCUCCACUCCAGAACUCUGUCAAUUCGCAAGAUCUGCCAACCAACCCCGAGAAUCAAGGUGAUUCAACGGCUGCACAAUCUCCCACUACUCUUCCCGUGAACUCAAACCAUACUGGACGUGCUUCUGUACCAGUUCAAGCAGCACAGGUACUUACUUCUGCAGCUCCCGCACAAGUUGUGUCUCUUCCAAAGGCUCGUCUUCCGCAUGACCGAAUCGGCAUUCUUGAGGAUCGAAUCAAGGAGGACCCUCGUGGUGAUAUUGACGCCUGGUUGUCUCUCAUCACGGAACAUCGAAAGCGCAACAAGAUCGAUGAUGCUCGAGCCGUGUAUGAGCGAUGCCUCAAAGUUUUUCCCCAAUCUGCGGAAUUAUGGGUUGCUUACAUAGAGAUGGAGUUGGAGAACGACAACUUCAGCUAUGCCGAAGGUCUCUUUGGCAAGUCCCUCUUGACGGUCGCCAACGUCCAACUUUGGCUCGUCUACCUGAACUACAUUCGCCGAAGAAACGACCUUACAAACGAUGUAACUGGAACGGCACGAACUACUGUCAAUCAGUCUUACGAUUUUGUCUUGGGUAGCAUAGGCAUUGACAAGGACUCAGGCAAACUAUGGCAGGAAUAUAUCCAGUUCGUUCGUAGUGCGCCCGGCCAAAUUGGUGGAAGCAGCUGGCAAGACCAGCAGAAGAUGGACCUACUCCGAAAGGCAUACCAGCGUGCUAUCAAUGUCCCCAUGUCUUCGUUGAACGGUCUGUGGAAGGAAUACGACCAGUUUGAGAUGAGUCUCAACAAGAUCACUGGUCGCAAAUUCCUCCAAGAAAAGUCUCCCUCGUACAUGUCUGCCAGAAGUGCCAACACAGCUUUGGAGAACAUCACCCGCGGACUAGUGCGAGCAACUCUACCUAGAUUACCUCCCGCUCCCGGAUUCGAAGGGUACCAAGAAUACCAGCAGCAGGUGCAACUCUGGAAGGGAUGGAUCUCGUGGGAGCAAGAAGACCCGCUGGUUUUAAAGUCGGAGGAGCCCGAGGUUUAUAGGCAGCGAGUUUUGUAUGUUUACAAGCAAGCAGUCAUGGCCCUUCGAUUCUGGCCCGAAAUCUGGGUCGAUGCUGCUGAUUGGUGCUUGAAUAAUGGUUUGGAGAAGGAAGGAGAUCAAUUCCUCAAUGAUGGAUUUCUUGCCAACCCGGAAAGCUGCUUGGUUGCAUUCAAGAAAGCUGAUCGUCUGGAAUCUACACUAGCAACGGGCGAAUCUGACAAAGGCCUUGCCGAGCGCGGUGCAAUCGUUCGAGCACCUUUUGACCAGCUGCUCGAAACUCUGUACGAGAUGCACAAGGUUAUGAAGGUUAAGGAGAAGCUUGAAGCAGACAAGGUCGAUGAGACCCCCUACGUUGAUCCAGUCGAUGCCUCCAUCAGAGCCAUCACUAACGCGGACGAAGACGAAGAGGAAAACGAUGCAGAGAGAGAGUACAGGGAAAUAGCCAAGGCCGCCAAAAAGAAGGAGAUCAAGGACAGUUACGCAGCACAGACUGAACUGCUCUCAAAGACCAUCUCGUUCACAUGGAUUGCUCUCAUGAGAGCCAUGCGCCGAAUUCAGGGCAAGGGCAAUCCCAAAGAGGCAGUGGGUGGGUCAAGAAAGGUCUUUGCUGAUGCUAGAGGUCGUGGCAAGAUAACGAGUGAUGUGUAUGUGGCAGCUGCUCUUAUUGAACAUCACGUCUAUAAGGACCCGGCUGGCACGAAGAUCUUCGAGCGAGGAGCAAAGCUGUUUCCCGAAGAUGCUGCUUUCACACUAGAAUAUUUGAAGCAUUUGUUGUCCAUUAACGAUACGACGAACGCCCGUGUUACGUUUGAGAUGGUGGUCAGCAAGUUGACAUCGAAGCCAGAAAGCGUACACAAGGCGAAGCCGCUUUACGCGUACUUCCACAAAUAUGAAUCCCAAUACGGCGAGUUAUCCCAGAUUAGCAAGUUGGAGGCACGUAUGGCGGAGCUGUUCCCCGAGGACCCGAAGUUGUCCCAAUUUGCCUCACGGUACAGCGGCGUAGGCUUUGAGCCGACGGGCAUUCGUCUUAUCGUCUCUCCUGCCACCCAGACUCGGCCUAAGGGUGUAAUGCAGUCUAUCGAACACCCACCGCCUGCUAUGCAAAUCAGCCCUCGUCCCCAGUAUGCGCCAGAACCUAGCCGCAGUCCCAGACCUCAAUACGCCCAGACAGCAGUCACUACCAACUCCCCGAAGCGCCCAUUUCCUGUUGAAGAUGUGGAGAGUGAGCUCAAUAGACCUCGAAAACUAGCUCGUGGCGAGUCUCCUUUAAAGGGAGCCGCCGGUCGACGCUUGGACCAACAGAAGCGACUUCAACAGGGCACUCCCUCGUGGAACGCUCCUCCAUUUGUGGUUCCCCGUGAUAUUACAUUUCUACUUAGCAUUAUCCCCCGAGCUGAUCUUUACGCCGCCACAAAGUUCAAGCCUGAUGCCCUCGUCCGUCUUCUGAGAGAGACUAUCGUCCCCGACUACACCACCUGGAAGCAAGCAAAGGAGGAGUCUCAGGCUCCGCAGCAAAGACAAUACGGUACUGAAUCUCAUUAUGCUACAAAAUAUUCCGGAAAUACCCUAUUCUUACCCCAGCAGCGUACACUGGCAAGAAGUGGUCCUGUCGAGAUGUCCAGCUGGGGAGGUUAUAUCCAUAAACAGCAAAACUACCAUGGCUCUCAGGCUCCACCUUCUUUCCGUGGUGACCAAUUUCCUCGUCCUCUUCUGGGAGCCAGUGGCAUGCCUGCGUUUCUACCUCCCCCUACCCCCCUGUCGCCAGGAUUUCAGAUGCCAUAUCCGUAUGUAGCAGAUACAAGUAGAUCUGGCUACGGCUACGGUGAUGAGCAAUCUGGUAAUAGAAAGCCUGCUGUCCCCCCGCGCUUGUGGUCUGCUGCAGAUUGGUAUGGAUCGAAUCGCUAA